AUGCGGGGCUUAGGACCACUGCUUCCAGACAACUGGCUUGAUCACAUACGAGUCGCGGAGGAAUUUGAAGUCGUUAACCGUGGUCCAAUUGCAAUGGUUUAUACACGCCAGCGCAAUGCACCACCACUUAUUAUUGAACCGCCAUGUAAUUCGUUAAGCAUAACGAAGGGACUUGCAUCGCCUGAAUCAAAGGAAACAACUCGAAUUAGGCUUACUGAUCGAGAACUGGCUCAGCAGAUGAAAUCUAUAUUAUCAUUCGAACCGAUCAUUUGUCCUUCAACAGUUAGUGUUAUUGUGAUGAAAUGUGAUAACGACUCGGCCGAUGUCUAUGUACAGUUGGCCGGUACAAGAAAUAAUUUCGAACUGCUGCAAUCGACAAUGGAUUCGCACUAUGAAGGGCAAUCCGCCGGGGAACCAGUGACAGAACCCGAAGUUGGUGGUGUCUAUGCAGUUCGUGAAUCGGAUGGACAUUGGUAUCGAGCUCUGCUAAAAAUUCCUGAAUAUUUCACAUUAUUGGAUAACGGCCGAGUGGUGCAUGUGAACGGUGCAACAGUUCGACGUCUUCGUGCAGAAUAUGCGCUCCCAAGAAUAUAUCCCAUUUAUGCGUUCAUUAUUACUUUGGACAGAAAGUACGAUAAUGCUCCAUCGCUGUGUAUUUUGCGAACUGCUUGCCAUACUCAGCUUCCGUUACCGCUACGAUUCAUAUCCGCGUAUAUCGAAAAUGGUUUAGUAAAAUACAGUGUUCAAAGCUCAACUAUAUGGAUCAACGACCGGAAAGAACAUGAACAGAAUGUGAUAAAAGUAAUACCAGCAUCGCCGCCAUAUCCAGCGACCACCGGAGAAGUGGAAUUAGUUGCCAUGGAGUUAAGCGAUAUGCCGAAGAAACGCUUUGCUGCUCAUAUUUUGACUGUAUUCGAUGCCGAUAACAUCAGUAUAAGACAAUGCUCAUUUGAUCCAAUCCCGGACUACAUAACUAAUGCAGUAAAGCGAGAUUCCUUGGCCCAACCAUCACCACCACCCUUCAGCGAAUUAAUAUCAGGACGUUUCUAUGCUGCAAAAUUGCGCCCAGACUCAAAUUGGGAACGCGUACAACUGCUUGGUCCAAGCUGUAUUGAUGCUGAUUGUUUCCGUGUCUAUGCCGUUGACAUUGGUUUAUUUGGCAUUGUCCGGAAAUCAAAUAUACGUCAUCUCAGAACUCCAAAUGGAUUACGAAAAAUUUUGAUGGCGAAAUGUAAGAUAGCAGGAAUUAAGCCAAAAGAUGAUGAAGUUUGGAGUCGUGAGGGUCAAGCAGCUGUCUGCAGUCUAUUAACUGGUGCAAAACAUAUAGAAGUGGAACCAGUUAGUGCUUGGGAGCUAUUUGGAGAUCAAGGUUGUACUGUGGUACCGUUUGCGAUGGUAAAGAUUUUCGCGGAUGGUAAUAAUGUUGGUCAAAUGAUCGUUGAACAAGGAUAUGCUCAAUGUACGCAGUGA